UUAAAAUCGAGCACGAGUCUAGUGUCAAUUCAUCAAAUGUCAUUAUCGACCUUGUCAGUUGAUUACACUGGUCGACUUUUGCCUGCAAAAUAUCAGUUUUAUCUUUUAUAAUUACAUUUUAGCACUUGAUUGGUGGCCUAAAUAAAAAAAUCAACCGAAUAUAAAAAUGUCUGUUAUAACUACUGUAGCUAGAGAGAUACUUAGAUCAAGAUGUACUAAUUGUUUAUUAUACAGAACCUAUGCCACACGAAAAAGGUUCUACCGUAACACUGGAAUCGUACAAAACGAUAGUAAGUGGGAAGUUACAUUAGACCAUCGAAGAUUAAAAACACCGAAUGGGAGUGUGCUUUUAGUCAAUAGUGAACCACUGGCACGCGCCAUUGCGGCAGAGUGGGAUGCUCAAAGUGAGGCUAUUUCGCAGCCAACUAUGCAUUUGACAGCUUUGUGCAAUACAGCAUUGGAUAAUCCUGGAAAAUUAACCUCACAUGAUAUAGUAACUUAUUUAUUGGAAUACUUUCCAACAGAUACACUUCUCUUUUACAAUGAGGAAGAGAGAGAGUUAAGAAUAUUACAAGAGAAGAAAUGGGGCCCUAUUCUGAACUGGUUUCAAAAAACAUUUGAUGUUACACAAGAUGUUUCUAGUGGUUUUGAACCACCACCCAUGCAUACUGAAACCAGGGCAAUUCUAGCAAGAUACUUGCUUGCUUUCGACUUUGCAGCACUCAAUGCAAUUAGCUUUGGUGUGGAAGCUCUGAAAUCACCAAUCUUAAUGUUAGCGUGUAUAAACCGAAGAUUAGAGCCUAAAGAAGCUGUCAUGCUAGCAAGACUUGAAGAGGAGUAUCAGUUGUCGCACUGGGGCCGCGUGCCGUGGGCACAUGAACUCAACCAGGCGGAGCUCACCGCGCGUGUGGCCGCGUCAUUACUCGUCGUGCAUUGCUCUUCCGAAAUACAUACCUCUAAAGUCAAAUCCUCUCCACAACAAGAAAUAACACAAUAAAUUAGUUGUUAUUAAAA